UUCGUGUUGUGUGUGCUGCGGCUCUUGUCACUCUUUCGCUGUGCGGCUGAGAGCGCAUUCUCUGUCAGCGUCUAAGGACCAAUUCAUUCUGAUAUCAGCAAUCUGAAAAUAAGGACAAAACAACGUAGUUAUUUAGAUAUUAACUGAACUCGUCUGUCCUCAUCUAUUCUACACGGAGCAUACCUUUAGAAGAGAUUGCAAUGCUUCAAAUAAGGGAUCUCCUUUGGACAUUGCUUUUCUGUGGUUAUGCAGCUGCCUUACAAGUGGAAAUCAUUCCAGCUCAAGGCGAAAUCAGUGUGGGAGAGUCCAAAUUCUUUUUGUGUGAAGUUUUGGGAGAGGUUAAGGAAAUUGACUGGUUUGCUCCCAGUGGUGAGAAGCUCUUGCCAGGCAGAACAGACAUCACCAUCAGCCAUCAAUCUGACGAGUCCACAUCAACGCUAACAAUCUACAAUGCUAACAUUGACCAUGCUGGAAUGUACAAGUGUGUGGCCAAAAGCGAGGAGAAGGAAUCUCAAGCCACUGUCGUUGUAAAAAUUUUCCAGAAACUCACUUUCCAGAACGCUCCGUCACCCCAAGAGUUUAAAGAGGGUGAUGAUGCUGACAUAAUCUGUGAUAUCAUAAGCUCACCACCACCAACCGUAAUCUGGAAGUAUAAAAAGAUGAGAAUCCAACCUGAGAAAGAUGUCCGUUUCAAGGUCCUGAGCAACAACCACCUCCAAAUUCGUGGCAUCAAGAAGACAGAUGAGGGUGACUACACCUGUGAGGGCCGCAUCAUGGCCCGGGGUGAAAUCGACUUCAGGGUCAUCAAGGUCACUGUCAAUGUUUUGCCAAGUGUCAGAACCCGCUACACUGAGCUUAAUGCCACCGCGGACAUCGGCCAGGCUGUAACUUUGGGCUGUUACGCAGAUGGCUACCCAGAACCCACUGUCACUUGGAUGCGUGCUAAUAUCGUGCUGGAAUCUGGUGAGAAGUACAGUCUGAAUGAAGAUGGAUCUGAGUUGACCAUUAAGGACGUCAAGAAGGUUGAUGAAGGAGAUUACCAAUGCAUCGCCAGAAACAAGGCUGGAGAGAAGAGAGAGGAAGUGAGCCUCAGUGUGUUCGUGCAACCAAGGAUCACAUUCUUGGAAAACCAGACGGCCUCGGAGCUGGAAGAGAAGAUCACGCUAACCUGUGAGGCCACAGGUGACCCCACCCCCAAAAUCAUCUGGAGCUUUGGUCGUCGCAUAUUCACCGAGAAUGAACAGGCUUCAUGGACUCGACCUGAGAAACACAAGAGUCUGGAUGGUAACGUGAUUGUACGCAGUGAUGCCCGCGUGUCCUCUUUGACACUGAAGUAUGUGCAGUUUACGGAUGCUGGCCAGUACCUAUGCACCGCUCGAAACUCCAUUGGUCAGGACAUCCAGAGCAUGUACCUGGAAGUGCGCUAUGCGCCAAAGAUCCAGGGCCCUUCGGCAGUGUUCACCUGGGAGGGAAAUCCGGCCAACAUCACCUGUGAAGCUUUGGCUCACCCCAGCGCUUCUGUUUUGUGGUUCCGUGAUGGCCAGCAGCUUCCCAACACUAAUACCACAAACGUCAAGAUCUACAACACUCCCUCAAUCAGCUUCCUGGAGGUCACUCCGGAGUCCCAGAACGACUUUGGCAGUUACAACUGUACAGCCACCAAUGCCAUCGGCACAGAGUCAAAGGAAUUUAUUCUGGUUCAAGCAGAUGUGCCUUCGGCCCCCUCUAUCGAUCGCAUAGAGCCGUAUUCCAGCACAGCGCUGUUGGAGUUCGAUGACCCAGACUCCAGUGGAGGAGUGCCCAUCCUUAAAUACAAAGCUGAGUGGAGAAUAAAAGACCAAGACUGGACCGACAGAGAGUAUGACGUCGAGGAUGGUCUCAACUUGAUCACCAUCGAUGGGCUGAAGCCCGAGACCGUUUAUGAGGUCAAGAUGUCCGCCAUCAACGGAAAGGGUGAAGGAGAGAGCAGCCCUCCGGAGAGCUUUAAAACUCAACCUGUCCGGGAACCUAAUCCUCCCAAACUCGAGGCUAAACCACAAUCCACGGGCAAUGAGAUAAAGGUUCACUGGAUCAAACAGGACGAUGGGGGCUCUCCUAUCAAACACUAUCUUGUGCGCUAUAAAGCUAAGAAUCGCCAAGACUGGAAGCAAGAGAUGCGCCUGCCCAACGGCAGUGAGUAUGUCGUGCUGAGCGGUCUGGAGUGGAACACAGAGUAUGAAAUUAACGUCGUGGCCGAAAACCAACGGGGACGAUCUGAACCCGGAAUCCUCUCCUUCAGGACCAUGCCAAAGCCCACGGCCAUUCCAGAAACAAGCUCAGGUUUGGGCACCGGAGCUAUCGUGGGCAUCCUCAUCGUAGUCUUCAUCCUGCUUCUCCUUGGUGUGGAUGUCACGUGCUACUUCCUCAACAAGUGCGGCCUCGUCAUGUGCAUCGCUGUCAACUUCUGUGGCAAGUCCGGCCCCUCCACCAAGAGCAAAGAUAUUGAAGAGGGAAAAGCUGCCUUUACGAAAGACGAAUCUAAGGAGCCCAUCGUGGAGGUAAGAACCGAAGAAGAGCGGACACCAAACCAUGAAGGAGGAGUCCCUACCGAACCCAAUGAGACCACCCCUCUGACUGACCCGGAGCAUGCUGCUGAUACCACAGCAACAGUUGUGGACUUGCUUCCCUCUGUAACCACUAACUCUGAUCCCGGCACUGACAGCCCUGCUAGCGAUUCCACCACCCUUACCUCGAGCACCGCCCCUGCCGCCGAUCCCACACCAGCCCCUAAAACUACCCCCAAAUCUACUGUCAGUUCUUCUACCUCACCACAAGCAGUGGCCCCUCUGGUGGACCUGAGCGAUACGCCCUCCAACCAGACCUCAAAGUCCUUAGACACCCCCAAACCGACACCCGCCCCUGUCUCUGAUUCAACCACCCCGUCCUCCACAACUCCUGCAGAUUCGGGCGUACCAGCGCAUAGCACUGGGCCAAAGAACCCGCCUGAGUCUGCCUCCAGUGCCCCCCAAAGUCAGGACUCUCUGGUACAGGGAGGAGCCCUGCAGAAUGACUUUGCCAAGGAUGAGUUUGACGUGCUGGGCAAACCCUCCUCCGCACCCAAACAGAGCGAUGGUAAAGUCGCUGUAGAUGAUAAAAGUAAAGCCAUGGAGACGGAGGUAAAGAAAACCCCUACGGAGCUGAAGACGGUUCCCAACGAAGCACCCCAGACGAACGGCAACGAGAGCAAAGCGUGAUGCAGAACCGCACGCCAGUCGCAGGCAGACAGCACCACAUCAAAACACACGUCUCAAAUAAAAGGCUUUCUUCACUUGUCGUCUUUAAGUUUGCAGAACAAAAAAAACCGUUUGUAGAUGUAUAGAGCAUCUAAAGAGCUCGUCACAUGCCUUUAUUUUGUACUUUUACUUUUGUUAGAAACUUUUACCUCUCCUUGACUUGUAAGACUGGUGUUUAAUGGCAUCAAACGCUUUUAAAGGUGCAUUGUGUAACUUUUAGAAGGAUCUCUUGACAGAAACGCAAUAUUAUAUACUUAACAAAAUGAACUGUAUUGUUUUAUUACCUUAAAAUGAGCCGUUUUUAUCUACAUACACUGCUUGUCUCCUUACAUAAAAAGGUGCCCUAAACAGACAAACGCUUCAAGCGAUAACGUGUUUGUUUCUACCGUAGCGUUUCGAAAGGGAGGGGUGAGCUGUGGACUGAGCAGUUGGUUGCAAUUCAUAGUGUCACCGCUAAAAUCUACACAAUGGACCUUCAAAGUCUUUUGUAUAUAGACGACCAUGAGGAAUUCAAGAUUUGGCCUUUACAAACAGACCACACAUAAACAGUUUCAGUUACGUCCCGUCUUAUUACUUGCAGUAUUGCCGUUGUCAUCGUCUGCCACGUCUUAUUAUUUUUGAUGUUUUACUUUUAUGUGUGUUUAAAUAAUGUACAAAAGCAACGCCUUGUUUUAUGUUAUUUUGAAGAGUUAGCGAUAGAUUGAUAGCAUGCUUGCUUCGCGCAAUUAUUUUUCUACAUCGUCGUUAUUUUUCAGCCCUGAACGUUUACAGCAUUUUACCGUAAUGUUAAAGGGACACUUUUUUGAAAAUAUGCUCAUUUUUUAGUUCCCCUAGAGUUAAACAUUUGAUUUUUACCGUUUUGGAAUCCAGUCAGCUGAUCUCCGGGUCUGGCGCUACAGCUUUUAGCAUAGCUUAGCAUAAUCCAUUGAAUAUGAUUAGACCAUUAGCAUCACGCUAAAAAAAUAACCAAUGAUUCAGGAGGCACAAUGAUAUUUCGCAGUGCCUGAAAAUAGUCCAUUGAAAGUUACUAAGGGGACUAUUUUCGGCUGCUGUGUGAUAUCAUUGCGCCUCCUGCAGCCAUGUUACAGCAGCAAAGUCCUUGAUUAUUACACCAGAAUGAUAGUAUAGUACCUAGCCAUAUCUGCCUAGAAAAUCACAACUUUUAAUUUUUGUCGGUUUUAGUACACGAUGUAACUACAGAAGAGUCAAGUUUUAAAUAGGAACAAUAUAAAAACUCUUUGGGUUAUUUUUUAGUGUGGUGCUAAUGGUCUA